AUGGAGAGGAAACACUCAUCACCAAUGGCACCCACUUUCAUGGUGUCUGCACCAGGGAAAGUCAUUGUCUUCGGUGAACAUGCCGCAGUGUAUGAUAAGCCCGCCAUUGCUGCAGCUAUCUCUCUCCGAUCCUAUCUCCUCGUCACUACCCUUUCCAAAUCUCGACGUACCGUCCAACUGAAUUUCAGGGACAUUGGCUUAGACCACACUUGGGAAAUUGACACCUUGCCAUGGGACGUCUUCCACCAACCUUCCAAAAAACGGUUCUAUUACUCUACCGUCGACUCCCUUGACCCCCAAUUUCUCGAAGCUAUCAUGCCACAUGCAGAGGCCGUGUCGAGACACCUCCCAGAGAAGCAGCGAAAGAUCCACAUAAAAUCUGCAACCGCAUUCCUCUACCUCUUCCUCUCCCUAGGCUCCUCGAAAAGCCCUGGAUUUAUCUACACUCUUCGAUCUACAAUUCCUAUUGGCGCCGGCCUAGGCAGUAGUGCCAGUGUUUGCGUUUGCUUGAGCACGGCGCUGCUCCUCCAGAUACGCGCCCUUGCUGGACCCCAUCCUGAUCAGCCCGCUGAUCAAGCAGAAAUGCAGAUUGAGCAUAUCAAUCGCUGGGCAUUCGUGGGCGAGCUGUGUAUACAUGGUGACCCUAGUGGGAUAGAUAAUACGGUCUCGGCCGGUGGAAAAGCUGUGAUGUUCCAAAGAAACGCCUCUGGACCACCAUCUGUCAUUCGUCUCACUAAGUUCCCGAAACUACCACUUCUUCUCGUCGAUACUCAACAAGAACGAUCCACGGCUGUACAGGUGGAAAAGGUGAAAAAACUAAAAACCAAUUUCCCUGAAAUAACAGAGAUGAUCUUAGACGGAAUUGGCAAGCUUGCAACUUCUGCACUAGGGUUGAUCUCAUCAGCUGAUUUCUUUGCUAACUCCGAUGCUCUGGGACAUUUGGGUACCUUUAUUAGUAUAAACCACGGGUUCUUGGUUUCUUUAGGAGUCUCUCAUCCCCGUCUAGAGCGUAUUCGCGAGCUCGUGGAUUAUGCGAAUAUUGGCUGGACAAAACUCACGGGUGCCGGAGGUGGUGGAUGUGCUAUCACGCUUUUCCGAACUGAUAUAGAAGAUCAAACUACCCAAGAGCUGGAGCAGAAGUUCACUGCAGAAGGAUUCAAAACAUAUGAGACUAUCCUAGGCGCCGACGGAGUUGGGGUGCUUUUGCCUGCUGUAUUCCGAAGUGGCGAUGGAAAGGCUGCAGAAGAGAUUGAUCAGGAGAAAUUUGAAAAUGCUGACGGUGUUCAAGGUAUCAAUGAGCUGGUUGGAGUGGGAGCGCGAGAAAAUCGGGAAGGCUGGGAGUUUUGGACCCGAGACGUUUCUCCAAGAUGA